AUGCCGGAGAAAAUGGUAGGAUGAUGAUUUACUGGGAAAGAUGGGUUGAUCUGUGAUUGUCUGAAGGUUGGAAUUAAUGAGUGUUGGAAUAAAUACAUAGACACAUGAACAGUAUAAAUGUUUGAUCUCCUCCAAUCAGGGUGAGAAUGUGUGUUUAGUUAUAUAUGUUUUGUGUUUUGGUUUCACGGUCUGAGAGGUGUGUGCUGGUCGUCGUGGUUAUGGUAUCAGGAAUCAAGGGAAAUGGUGGGUUUUCUCUGCCUUCUCCUCUCUCUGACUGCUUUACAAGUGGAGGCUUUCAGUGGGGGAGGAUCUUCCAUUGCUUCUCAGUGUGGCUCAAUGCUACCUGGUAAUAGUUUUCAUGGCAGCACAGGGCAGAGCUCUUCCUCACCAUACACUGUCACUGUCAACCAGACCAACUACCAGCCAGGAGACACCAUCCAAGUGACUCUGUCAGGAACUUUCACCUAUAAAGGGUUUCUACUGGUGGCCCACGAGGAAGGACAGAACAAGCCUGUGGGAACGUUCUCUCUGGGCAGUGGAACUAGGAUCAUUCUUGUGCCUUGCAAUGGGAUUGCAGCCUCUGGGGUGAGUCAAAACAACAAUCUUCCUAGAUCAUCAGUAACAGUCACCUGGACAGCACCAUCCUCAUCCUCAUUGGGCAACAUCAUAGUCAAGUCAACAUUUAUGCAGACCUCCAGUGUAUUUUGGAUUGCAGUGCCGAGCGUGACUGUAAACCGACGGGCCUCAGCUGUCACCACAACAAGAGCUCAAACAACAACAACUACUGAUCCUACUACAACAACUACUGUUCCUACUACAACAACUACUGUUCCUACUACAACAACUACUGUUCCUACUACAACAACUACUGAUCCUACUACAACAACUACUGUUCCUACUACAACAAUUACUGAUCCUCCUACAACAACUACUGAUCCUACUACAACAACUACUGUUCCUACUACAACAACUACUGUUCCUACUACAACAACUACUGUUCCUACUACAACAACUACUGAUCCUACUACAACAACUACUGAUCCUACUACAACAACUACUUAUCCUACUACAACAACAACUACAGCUCGUCCUACAACAACAAAUACAGCUCCUCCUACAACAACAACUGUUCCUACUACAACAACUACUGAUCCUACUACAACAACUACUGAUCCUACUACAACAACUACUGAUCCUACUACAACAACUACUGAUCCUACUACAACAACUACUGAUCCUACUACAACAACAACUAUUGCUCAACUAAAUCUCCAACCACAACAACUACAGCUCCUACUACAACAACUACAACUCCCACUACAACAACUACAGCUCCUACUACAACAACUACAACUCCCACUACAACAACUACAGCUCCCACUACAACAACUACAGCUCCUAACACAACAUCUACUGGACCUAUCCCAAACAGUUCUGAACAGCACAACUAUGACUCCUACUGCUAUAUCUGCUACUCCAAGUCCUACUCCUAUGCCUCCUACUGCUACAUUUGCUAUUCCUAGUCCUACUCCUCUGACUCCUAAUACGUCAACAACUCCAACUACUGCUACUGCUACAACUCCUCUUAGACUUACGAGUUUGAGAGAAAGAAAGCGCUACUCUAGACCAAUGGGCUGCGAUGUUAGAGAUGACCCCAGGAAAUGCACCUACAUCUCUGUCACAACCUACCCACCUUUCAUAGUGGAGAUUAGUGCACCUGCAGAGACACUUAAGGGAUACCUGGGAAUCAUCAGUGAAAUGCUAACUAAUCAAAUCAAGUUUGAAUCAGUGAUUGUGGUGUACGAAAGUGGAACAUUUACUGUUCAAAAGGCCUUUUACAAUGGAGCCACAUUUAUCAACAAAACACAACUGGAGGUGACGGACAAAGAACUUGCUUAUGAUCCUAAUAUAAAAAUACUUCAAUUGAACUUCAUCAUCCCUGAUCAUUUGACUCCACUGUUGCUCAAAAUGUUGACCCUAACACCCAGAUGUGUAAUAGAUACUGGUCUUCAAAAAGUGUUCUUUGUCCGAGGAUCUGUUGAGGAUAAUGGUGAUCUUGGCUCUCCCUCCAUCACACUUUUGACAGGGCUCUCCAGUCAGGUUUCAUCAAGCUGUAGGAAACCCCUUUUUCACGGCUUGUUGAUGACGUUGGUUUGUUGGAACCUCUUCAACCUUCUGCCUUAAAUCUGCUGAACUACCAAAUGAGGACUUUACAUCCAAGUACAACAUUUUAUUGAUUUGGCUGUUUUUGUUCAAUAACACUGUAUUUUGUUAUAUACUGUAGUCGUGCAUAUUUAUUGAAAUAUACAGUGGGGCAAAAAAGUAUU